UCACGUGACUUAGGCCUACUGCACAGCACAUUCGCUGUGCCUUCUUCUCAUGUCGAGUUUUUGCUCCUCUCUGGCUGAUCGUAGGAGUCAAAGCUUCUUUGGGGGGUUUCCUGCACCUCCUGUAUUUGCCGCAGCGGACCGAGCGGUCCGGAACAACCUGAUCCUGCUGCCAUGGCCCACAGCUACCCCAGCCGCGGCGGCCUGCAGAGUCCAGAGGGCGUGUUGUUGCGAGAGAUCCAAGUCAACUUGCUGGAGUGUAAAGUCUGCUUUGAGAAGUUUACCGCUCAGCAUUCCGAGCGUAGGCCGCAGAACCUCUCGUGCGGUCACGUCCUGUGUCUGGAAUGCAUCAGAGGUCUGUCCCACCCUCUCCUCGGGAAGCUGGAGUGCCCCUUCUGUCGACAGCUGUGCAGCGUCGACGCCACCUCCCACUGCCAGGCUCUGUGCGACCUGCAGGAGAUGCUAUUCUUCAUUUCCGCCUGUCCUCGCAUGGACAAAGAAGAAGAGGUUGCAGGCGUCAGCGCCAAAGCCUUGCACCGCCGUGCCACUUUUGGCGGUUGGGGGGCUCUCAUCAACCCCUCAGGAGUGGCUGUGAUGAGGUCCUCAGGGACUAUGUUUGUGGUGCACGAUGGCGUUGAGAGGGUGGUGGUGUUGGGUCCGCAGGGCAAAAAGCAGAACGCGUUUGGACCGAGAGGACACGCCAGUGGGGACGUUUGCUUUGCGGUGGAUGUGGCGGUGACCCCCUGUGGUCAUGUCAUGGUGACGGACGCCGGAGACAAAGCGGUCAAGGUGUUUACCUCCAGGGGCAGCCACGUGGUGACCAUCAAGGCCUGCUUUGCUCUUCCCUGGGGGGUGGACACAGACCGUAGGGGACACAUCCUGGUGACCGACGUCCAGGCUGGAACGCUGUCUCGCCUCAAGGUGCACUACAAACACGGCGUCGCCCUUGAAGAGGGAGUGGUGGUCUCAAACCUGCAGCAUCCUAAAGCGCUCAGCUGCUGCGCCUUCACGGCCAACACAGCAGUGAUGCAGCACCCUGCACAGGACACACAGCAGCUCACUGUCUUCACCGAGGACUUCCACCUCCUCUACCGGGUGGACACUUUUGCUCUUCAGCUGAUGUCCUCUGUCAAAAUGUCAGGUGUGACCUUUGACACAAACGGACACCUGCUUGUGGUGGACUCCCAGCAGGGGAUGAUUUGGAGUUUUGGGACCAUGCAAAGUGGUCCGGUCCUCACUCCUCUGGUCUCAGAUCAGCUUAUUCGGCCUGUUGGACUGGGGGCACUUAACAACACGCUCGUUGUCCUGGACGCUGGAGACCAUACACUAAAAGUUUACUCUUGACCGCACAGACGCUUCCAUCAAUGCUUCCUAGAGGACACCAUUCCCCACCCCCGAAGUUAUUGUUUAUUUGUUUUAUCAAGAUAGUAUAGUUCUUUAGUGACGUGAAGUGAAUUAUAUUUAUAUAGCGCUUUUCUCGAGUGACUCAAAGCGUUUUACAAAGUAAAACCCAAUAUCUAAGUUACAUUUAAACCAGUGUGAGUGGCACUGGGAGCAGAUGGGUGAAGUGUCUUGCCCAAGGACACAACGGCAGUGACUAGGAUGGCGGAAGCAGGAAUUGAACCUGCAACCCUCAAGUUGCUGGCACGGCCACUUUACCCACCGAGCUUUACCAACACUAAAAAUGCUAUUGCCUCUCGUGGCCCUCCUUCCCCCAACACCUCAUGGCAGCCCCACUAUUUAGAAUGUUUUCACGCCCCACCCCGAAGUGAAUGUUUGUUUAUUUAUUAUGAAUAUGUAGAAUAAACAUAUUCUGAAAAUAUUACAACAAAAAUAUAGAAAAGAAUAUGGCAGCGGUAAAGUUUACAUCCGUGAAGGAAAGAAGAAAGUGAAUGAAUGUAUAUAACUGAAUACAUUUAUCAUUAUUUUGUAUUUUUUUAAAUAAAUUAAGUUAUGUUCAUGACAUACUUGCCAACCUUGAGA